GUGGAAAUUGUAAUCAUCGAAGAAUUAAACAUUUGUUCAUCAGAUGUCGCUUGAAUAGAUUUUUAGUUUAAGUUGAAAUUGAGGUUAUGUCCCGUAUUUUCAAAAAUUAGGAAAUAAACUUCUCAAAAAAUGGGUCUGAGUGAAGCAGAAAAAACCUACGUUUUGCACGGUGUGGAGGAGAACCUCAGGGUAGAUGGCAGAGAUCGUGAGGAAUACCGGCCUAUGGAACUAGAAACCGACGUGGUAUCACAUGCCUUCGGUUCUGCGAGGCUUCGACUAGCAAACACUGAUGUUCUAGUAGCUGUGAAGAUAGAAGUAGACGCACCAUUCCCAGAGAGGCCUUAUGAGGGCAAACUAGAAUUCUUUGUAGAUUGCUCAUUCUCCUCAAUGAUCACCUGGGUGUUAAACAAGAUGAAACCUCAAAUGGCAAGCAGUCCAAUGAACAGCCACAUGGCAUCAAAGAAGAUGUUGGCCAAGGAAAGAACCAUCAAGAUGAUAAGCAUGGACAUAGGGCUGCCGUCAAGUUCCGCAAAUGCCACUCCCAAUUUUGAAGGACGAGGUGGUGAAGUCUUGGCAGCAGAAAUUUCAAACUGCUUAUCAUCAGCUUAUUGUUCAUCCUUAAGCUUUGAUCUCACCAAAUUAUGCAUAUUGCAAGGAAAGAAAUGUUGGAAGCUUUAUGUUGACAUUCUGAUUUUAGAAUGUGGAGGCAACCUAUUUGAUGCAAUUUCCAUAGCUGUAAAAGUAGCCCUGAGGAACACACAAGUACCUAGAGUGAAAUGCAUAGAUAUGGAUGGGAAUAAUGUAGAAAUCAGUGUAUGUCACGAUAUGUUUGACUGCCAAAGAUUGAACGUUGAAAAUGCACCUGUCAUGGUAACUGUUUGCAAAAUAGGCGACAAAUGCAUUGUAGACCCUGACGUGGCCGAAGAACAAUGUUCUGUGGGCUCCGUGGUUGUAGCAGUUUCGGGAAACAGAUUUAGCACAGUUCUACAGACAGGAAUGGGGUCCUUACAUCCAUUGACGCUGGUGGAUUGCCUCAAAAUGGGACACAAAGUGGGCCAGAAGUUGGAUGAAGCUGUCAAAGAAGUUUUGAAGGAGUCACUGAGAGGAGGCGACGUCGGAUUUAUCAAAUAGAGUUUGCUGUAUUUUAUUAUUUAAUAUUAACGUAAUGUAUUAAUUUGGUAAUAA